AUGUUGUACUCUCUUGACGAGAAAUUAGGUUUGCAUGGACAAGGCACGCGUGUUUUUGCCGUCGAGGGCGCACAGGAUAAAAAAAAUCUUGUAAUAAAAGACUGUUGGGAUCCAUCCAAGACGGUGAGCGACCACGUAAUACACAAGAAACUUCAAGAUCCUGCAUGGGACUCUCUUCUUGUUCUCUCACCCAAUGGCGAGUGGGUUUUCACCAGCGAGGAAGAUCCUGGUGAUCGUUCAGAUAUAGAGUGCGCUCAGAGGCUGGAUGGAAUGUAUUGUCACGUUGGCAGUCGCUGUUGGGACGAUACCAAGUUCCUCCCAGGAAUAACCAUCAUGAAAGACCAUAUGUAUCCUUCCCUCGGCCUGUUCUCCGAAUUUCCAGUUCCCCAGUCAGUUGCUUCCAUAUGUGCUUCUAUGCUAUCAUCGCAGGCCCUGGCCACGGUUCUCGACGAAUUCCAAGGAAAAUUUCGACUUGAGGAAAGAUAUCGAUCCCGCACGUCUUUUACUACCUGUGGUGUCGACAUCUUGUGGUUCGGAACUGCAUGCGAAAUUUUCCAUGGCAUCAUAGGUGCCGUAGUCGGUCAUCGUAACACUUAUAAACGCCGCAAGGUUUUGCAUCGCAAUGUUAGCGAUGGUAAUACAAUAUUCCUCGUAGAAAUGAUAUCUGCUGAAUCCGCUGUCCCUCCGCGUCCUGAUGGGGCAAAAAAAGAGUGGACUCCUAUGAGAAACGGGGUGGCAUCUGAUUGGGGGUUUGCCACAGACUGUUUGGAACCUGGGGGGGAGGCGUCCUUGCCACGUACCAUAAGUCACUUCCUUAUUUUCGAUCCGAUAUCCAAUACUGAUAUGAUGCAAAGGGGACACUUCCCUUCGAUCGAGUUCUAUCACGAUCUCGAAUCUUAUUUUUGGUUAGCAUACCUCAUUACCUGCAAUUGCGCAGGUCCCUUUAACAUGUGUCGUGACUGGGAUGGAGAAAUCGAGCGUUUUACUGCGCACAAAAACAUUACACCUUUGUUUAUCAAUCACUCAGCUGAGAUCAAG